GACAGAGCCGGUGCACAGGAGAGGGGAAAGGUCAGACACGGAGAGGCACCCCUUACCCCCCCCUCAUCCCCACCACCCCACCCGAGGUGGAGGUGCGGAUCGGACAGAGUCAUGGUCAAUCUGUGCAGGCGUCGUUAGCUGCGGGUCGCGGGGCUCUGGCGACAGGAGGAUUCCUACUGGCCGAACUGGACGCGCCGAUGAACUGGUGAUGAGCACGAGGCCGACCGCGUGUGUGGAGCUUUUUUUGCACGGAGCGCCUGCUCGAUGUUAUUUACACCUCGCAGUGUAGUGGGAGACAAAAAUUGUGCCGUUGAAUUCACAGAGAAAGAAGAAAAAGAGAGUGAAGAGACGAGGAAAGUGAUUCCACAAACCCAGGGGAGAAGGUGAUGGAUCAUCAGGACAAAGGAGGAGGCACAGGAGGAGGAGGAGGAGGAGGAGGAGGAGGAAGGCAGACUAAGGAAAACCAGAAGGCCGAGGAGGUCGGCGACGAGGAGAAGUGGACCAAAGACAAGAACAACAAGUUGGAGAAGGAAAUCGGCGGGAAGGAGCCCGGCGGGGGGGGGGCCCCGCGGGAGAAGCGGCGCUGCCCCUGGCGGAGCGGCUGGGCCCUGGCGGAGCGGCUGGCCAUCAACGUGUCGGGGAUGCGCUACGAGACGCAGCUCCGCACGCUGGCCCAGUUCCCCGACUCCCUGCUGGGCGACCCCCGCCGCCGCCUCCGCUACUUCGACCCCGUGCGCAACGAGCUCUUCCUGGACCGCAGCCGCGUCUGCUUCGACGCCAUCCUGUACUUCUACCAGUCCGGCGGGAGGCUGCGCCGGCCCGCCAACGUGCCGCUGGACAUGUUCCUGGAGGAGCUGCGCUUCUACGAGCUCGGGGAGGAGACCAUCGACCGCUACAAGGCCGAGGAGGGCUUCUCCAAGGAGGAGGAGAGGCCCCUGCCCACCAACGACCUGCAGCGCCGCCUCUGGAUGCUGUUCGAGUACCCGGAGUCCUCCGGCGGCGCUCGGAUCAUCGCCAUCAUCAGCGUCAUGGUCAUCGUGCUCUCCAUUCUCAUCUUCUGCCUGGAGACCCUGCCGGAGUUCAGGCACGAGAAGGAACAGAGGGAGCAAUUCACCACCAUGCCUCACCCCACCAUAGCGAACGAGACCAUCUCGGUCCCGCCCGGGUUCAACCCCUUCCAGGACCCCUUCUUCAUCGUGGAGACCAUCUGCAUCAUCUGGUUCUCCUUCGAACUCAUCGUGCGCUUGAUCUGCGCCCCGAGCAAGGUGCACUUCUUCAAGGACGUCAUGAACACCAUCGACUUCUUCGCCAUCAUUCCCUACUUCGUCACCCUGGGCACGGAGAUGGCCAAGGACAAGGGGGCGCCGCCCUCCGUGUCCCUGGCCCUCAUCAGGGUCAUCCGGCUGGUGAGGGUCUUCAGGAUCUUCAAGCUGUCUCGCCACUCCAAGGGCCUCCAGAUCCUGGGCCAGACGCUGAAGGCCAGCCUCCGAGAGCUCGCGCUGCUCAUCUUCUUCCUCUUCAUCGGGGUCAUCCUCUUCUCCAGCGCCGCCUACUUCGCGGAGGUGGACAGCCAAGACACGGCGUUCACCAGCAUCCCCGGGGCCUUCUGGUGGGCCGUUGUGACCAUGACGACGGUGGGCUACGGGGACAUGUACCCGGAGACGGUCGGGGGGAAGCUGGUGGGCUCCAUGUGCGCCAUCGCCGGCGUGCUCACCAUCUCGCUGCCGGUGCCCGUCAUCGUGUCCAACUUCAGCUACUUCUACCACCGCGAGAACGAGUGCGAGGAGACGACGCAGUACAAGCACGUGUCCACGUCGCUGUGGGACGGAGAGGACGACGGCGAGGGGGAGCGCGAGGACGGAGAGGACGAGGGGGUUUACGCCCCCGUGUACGGGCCGGACAUCUGCCCGCCGCUCAACGGCUCCCUCCUGGCGGGGCUCUGCACCGGGCAGGAAGCCGGCGGGCGGAGGGGGACGAACUUCUAUCUCAACGAAACUCUGGUCACUCAGGUCUGACGGAGAGGAGGGCGGACAUCUGACGGAGAGGAGGGCGGAGGUACAACGUGAACACGGAGACUUGAUGCCAGAUUUUUUCUCUCAAUGAAUAAAUGUAAUGUGAGCUCUUUGAAAAAAAAAGACAUUUUCAGAAGCCUCAAAUAAUCGUCCAUCCAGCUGAAGGUAUGGACGAUUCCACCUGCUGCACAAUGAAGACGAUAAAAAGAUCUGACUGAGUGAUGGCAGUGAGAAACCCUGUUGCUUGUUUUGAGCAUAGCAAAGGUGUUCAUUAGAAAAAUGGUAUUAAAGGUUUUAGCGAUAACUUGAUUUUACAUUUUCAUAACUCACUUAAUAAUUUCCUUGAAAGUUUCCUGAAUAUAAGUUUAGGUUAAAUUUUGAAUUUGCUUUAACCUCCCUUAAACCCAAGUGUAUUGUGAGAAGCUGUAUUCUCCUUACAUACACUUGCAUGUGGACAUUUUUUCAUGUUUAGUUGUGCUGACUGAAACACUACCUCGGUUACACAAAAAAAUAUAUUAAAAGAUUGUAUUAAAAACGUAUCUAUAUAGUUUGUUUUAUAAGAAACUAUUUGUUUGAAAAGCAGGUUAAAAAUAUUUUCCCAUUGUGCAGCAGAUGGACAAAGAUUAUUUAAGCAAAAUGUUCUUAAAAUGGGAUAAAAGCGUAAUAAAUCAGCCGUGAGCUGGUCGUGCCACAUGAUCGUCCCUGCACAGGUGUAAAAAGUAUUUUCAAAAUGCCUGUAAUGACAGAUGACACUUCUGCAGAAAUGUGACCACGUAGAGCCGGCGUGCAGCAAACACUCGAGCAGUGAAGCGAUCUUCUACGGGGGCCAGAUGCACGGCGCCGCGGCGGUGUGUCUACGGCGUAACCUGCAGCCGCAGGGUCGCUCACCAGCGUUCAUGUCCUCGGUCAUGGUUACAUACGGCGACGUAAUGGAUACGGCCCGCAGAGAGAGAGAGAGAGAGAGAGAGACGCCGCGAGGUCGGCCCGACAUUUCUAACCAGCGGGGGCUCGAAGGCCUUUUUUGAACUUCCUGUUUCUAGUCAAUGUGUUAUUUUUACUGAAAUAAAGUAUGUGGUUCAAAAGAGCUUAAGAGAUCUUAUAGUUUUGUUCGACAAUUUAAAAUAUGUCUGCUCACCAAGGGCUGAACCAGACAUCGGCCAUGUUUCAUGUCAUCUGGAUGCUAACGCUAGCUAACACUAGCUAACGCUAGCUCACGCUUGCUAACGCUAGCUAACUUUUUGCUUCAGCAGAUUGUAUUCGCACCACAUAAAAGUGGUGUUUGUCCGUGAAGAUUAUCUUGGUGAACCAAACAUUUAUUUUAGGCAAUAAUCCAAAAUCCAACAGAAACUCCUGAUGGAUUUUUCUUUCCUCUUUUUUCCGUUUUCCAUUUUCACGUCAUCGCUGCAGCUCUCUAUCGAAUCCAUCGAAAUUGUCCACGAGGAAUUUCUCAAGCCAUCUCUGCGAAGUGAUCCGUCUUCUUCUGCACAUUUUCUAGGUGGCUCAUUCUCACUGUGAGAAACUCAAUAGAAGAAAAGGGUCAUUUUUUAUUUAUAUAUGGUGAUCAAAUAUUUCAUCCAAAUCAUUAAUCAAAAAUAACGUAUGUAUGUGUGUGAAAUGUGUAUUCUAUUUAUUAUUUAGGUAAAUACGCAGCAGAUAAAUAAAGCUAAUUUUGCAGGAUUUUGAUAGUUUUUCGCAAUUUCUUGAUACGAUUUUUAUUUUUUUAAGUCUGAAUCUGAGAUACUUUUAUACGCUGUUUUGACAGUGUGGAUGUGGUUUGAUCCGCAAAACAACCCUUAAGACAUGUGGCUUUAGUAUGUUUGAACCUGAAUGUCUUCCUUCAUUUAAUAAAGAUCACAUCGCU